UCCGUGGUGCUGAAACGCCACGGCGAAAACGCGAUCGCUCUUUUUGUGAGCAAAUACAUCACCUGGAUUAAAACCAUAAUAAUAUGACUUAGACCAGGGCCGGAAAUAUAAACUUGGAUAUAUUUGGAAACGUGCGUUAUAUUGGCUGAACUGCAGUGAAGCCACACACAACAAUGGGGUCUGUUGUAACAAUGCGUAAUCGUAAAAGGUACGUGCUGCUCGUUUUUCUCCUUUCUUUCGUUCGUAACAUUUUGUCUUCAGUGACUCAUUAUUCAAUACCAGAGGAGAUGAAAGAAGGAUCGGUUGUGGCAAAUCUUGCUACAGAUCUCAGCCUGGACGUUAAAACACUGAAUCAGAGGAAGAUGCGUCUGGAUAUCAUCGCAAAUAAGAAAUAUCUGGACGUGAACAAAGAGACUGGGGAACUGUAUAUUGUGGAGAAGAUUGACAGGGAAAAUAUUUGCCCGACAAAGUCGUCAGCGUCUUGUUACCUCAGGCUGGAGGUGAUACUUGAAAACCCAUUAAGAAUUUUUAAUAUAGAAGUAGAAAUCUUGGAUAUGAACGACAACGCCCCACAAUUUCGACGAGACGCCAUUCAUUUAGAUAUUUCUGAAGCGACACCUAAAGGAGAGAGAUUCUCUUUGAGUAAUGCAGUUGAUCCUGAUGUUGGAAGCAACUCAGUGAAAACAUACCAUCUGAGUGAAAGUGAACAUUUUAAUAUUGAAGUUCAGACCGGAAGAGAGGGAUCGAAAUUUGCCGAUUUGAUCUUAACCAAAGCUUUAGAUCGAGAGCAGCAAGCUGUUCAUAAUUUAAUACUCACAGCUGUAGAUGGAGGCACACCUGCUCGAUCAGGCACUGCAAGUGUUAUUGUUCAUGUUUUGGACACUAAUGAUAAUGCUCCUACAUUUGACAAAGUGAAUUAUAACAUAAACGUGAUGGAGAAUUCUCCCAUUGGAAGUCUCGUUGUUCAUCUCAAUGCUACAGAUUUAGAUGAGGGGUCAAAUUCUGACAUAACAUACUCAUACAGUUUAUAUACGUCAGAGAAAACACAAGAAACAUUUCAUCUGAAUCCUUCCACUGGUGAAAUCACUGUUAAAGGAAUGUUAAAUUAUGAAGAUUUCAAAAUCUAUGAUAUGGAAGUGAUAGCCACUGAUAAAGGAGCCAAUAGUUUGUCAGGACAAUGUACAAUAAAGAUUAUUGUGGAAGACAUGAACGACAACCACCCAGAAAUAUCUAUUAAAUCAUUUCAGAGUCCAGUCAAUGAGAACAUAGAAUUAGACACAGUGAUAGCUGUAGUUAGCGUCAGUGAUAAAGACUCAGGAGACAAUGGAGUGGUGGAUCUUCAUAUUCCACAUAAUAUGCCUUUCAAACUGAGGGAGUCCUCUGAUAACUAUUAUGAAUUAGUGGUGUCAGAGCCGUUAGACCGUGAGAAGGUCCCAGAGUAUGACGUCACGUUCACCGUCACAGACAGAGGUUCUCCUCCUUUAUCUGACAAUGAGACUAUGACGUUAGAGCUGCUGGAUGUUAAUGACAAUGUUCCACAGUUCCCUCAGUCGUUUUAUACUAUACGUGUGAUGGAGAAUAACGCACCUGGGGCCCUGCUCAGCUCACUCACUGCGUUUGACCCUGACCUCCAUGAAAACCAGUAUCUGGUUUAUUUCAUCCUGGAGAAGGAGAUAGCCAACACCUCCAUGUCCAUGCUGUUCUCCAUCAAUCCAGAGAACGGGAAUCUUUACGCACUGAAAACUUUUGACUAUGAGAUCGAGAAGGAGUUUCUUUUCCACAUCGAGGCCAGAGACUCUGGCUCUCCUCCUCUCAGCAGUAACGUCACCGUCCACAUCAUCAUCGUGGACCAGAACGACAACGCUCCGGUCAUUGUGUCUCCGUGGCGCGCACACGGCUCUGUGGUGGAGGAAAAGAUCCCCAGAUCCACCGAUAAAGGCUCCCUGGUUGCCAAGGUGAUAGCCUUAGACACCGACUCGGUGCACAACUCUCGGAUUACCUACCAGUUUCUACAGGUGACUGACGCCACCUUGUUCAGUCUGGACCAAUACAACGGAGAGAUCCGCACUAUGAGGAUGUUCAGUUACAGAGAUCCGCGCCACCAGAGACUGGUUGUUAUCGCCAAGGACAACGGGCAGCCUGCUCUCUCUGCUACAGUCACCAUCAAGCUGUCCACAGUGGAGACUGCCGUGAAGGCCUACUCUGACCUGACUGAGGUGCCUCUAGAAUACGACAUCUUCUCAGACCUCAACCUGUAUUUGGUCAUCGGUCUGGGCUCAGUGUCUUUUCUCCUGCUCAUCACCAUAUUGGUCACCAUCGUGCUCAAGUGUCAGAAACCCAAGGCCAGCAAAGCGGCUCCUCCCUGCAGGAACAGUGUACUCAGUGAGAGGAACUCCACCAUCGCAGACUCCACUCUGGUGUCCAACGAUGCCUACUGGUACAGUCUGUUUCUAGCAGAGACCAGGAAAGGGAAGCUGGUGGUCAGACAGCCUGUGCCAAAGGGCUCCAGAUACAUCGUGUCCAGUUUACCGAGAGGCACAGGGCUGACAGACACUAGUGACUCAGCAGCGUCUACUCUGCAGUACCCUAAAUGAGGGAAGUCCACUCAGCAGCUGGAGGCAUCCACCACCAGUAGCGGCAGUUCCGCCUAAGGCAAGACCUUCAGCUGCGUACCGGAUUUGACGCUGACAGGAAACCAGAGGAGAGGAGAAAGCCCCUGCCCGUAAAACUCCCCCUCCAUGUCCACCCUGUUCAGUCUGAUCCUUGCUCCGCAUGAGCUGCCAUGCUAUGACACCAAACGGACUAAUCAAUGACACGACCCUCCCCCCUCUCUUUCUUUAAGCACAUGAAAAGCCAAUUAACACCGCCUCUCUGUCCAUUCAAUAUGCAUGAUAAGACUGCAUGGUUUCAACCACACUACAAGACCUCCAUACAAAAAAAAAAGUUCAUAUUCACCAAGAAGCAGACUGGACAAAACACAACACAAAUGGAUUUUCAAAGAAGCCACAAACAAGGACUAUUGGAUUGGACACGGGAAUGUUAAAAUGCCUUUAAGAGACUGUUUUCCCUCUCUAAAAAUGAAACACAUGUUGGAUAUCAUUUUGAACCUCUGUGCUUUGUCCUGCCCCCAUAACAGCUUCAGUGUAUAAUAUACAAGUUAUCUAAGAAGUGAAACAGCACAAUUAAGUAAAUGUCAGAAAAGCACUAACCUACGAUUUCAACAUAUGAAACAAAUGGGAGUCAGUAUUUUAUAAAUGUGAUGUAGCUUUUAGUAGUUUUAUGUUUGUACUUGACUUUGUGCAUUAUAUGUGAACUAGGCCUAAGUAUAUUAACGAGAGCGCUAAGAGUUAAUUGUGUUAACCAGUACAACAAACGGAUAAAAGUGAGGCCUUUAGCUUUAUUACGUAUCUGCCUUUCAUUUGUUUUUGCAUGGAUCAAUCAAAGUAUUGACAGCUUUGGAUAUUUUAUGAUAUUGAACAAUCCAUUUUCUGUAACUAUGCCUCAAUGCUUGGUAUUAUACAAAACAAGACGGAAGAUUACAUUUUGAUUUGACAGCAGUGAAGUACAACAGUAUAAACCCUUUGUCCAAAAUCAUGAGAUCCUCUGAGAAGGACAACAAGAUCUGUAAUCUCACCCUUUGUCCUGGUUCCUGGGCAAGAGGGAAAUGGCUGGCAGCAGUGGGACAAUUCUAUUGAUUCAUUAAAUUAUUCAGCUUAAAUUUAGACGUGCUUGAAUGUUAUGUCCACUUGGAUGGAGAAUAUGAGACUAGAGGAUGGAACUGAACACAUAUAAACACAGAGCGUCUUUGAGAAUGGAUUGAUUAAUAUCUCUAUGAAUACUGUAUAUACAUCAUAAACAUAAUCACAUACUUUCACUUUUUUUCUUUUUUUUAAAUUUCUAAUGCCAAACUCUGGAUGUUCCCUAGUAUCUCCUGAGGAUGUGUAACAAGUUGAAAAGUCAGAAGUUAACAUGGUGACUUAGCGUUUACUUUAUAAUACUGAAAUGACAUAGUUGUGGUUGAUUUUACCCAAUUAAGGCUGUGCUCAUGUUUAUUACUGACUACUUUAUGUAUCUACAUAUGCAACACAUGAAUACAGAUAUGACAUAUACAGUAUAUCAUCUUUAAAUAUGCCUUUCUUUUCAAUGCCAAUACUGAACUUUUAAAUGUGAAAGAAAGCAGUGCCAUCAGAUUUAUGAGCCAACUCGUGUGUGAAACAGUAAAAUGAUCAGACAUCAUUUAGUCAAGCUCUUCAGCACAGCUCACAUUGCAUUACAUGUAUAAAGUUGAAACGUUUUACAGACAAACAUAUACAGUAAGUGCUUUUGUACGGUGGUACUUUGAUGGUGCAGUAUGUAAUAACCUGUGUAAUGUGAGCUUACUGUAUGCAAUGGUCUGGUGUGUAUGAUCUAUUAAAUACAAAAAACAAAAAACAAACAAAAAAAAAACUGAACAGCAAACCUAAA